GGGCGACCAAUACUCUCGUUCUUAAAACGAAGUGAGGACAGACGUAUCGCGUACCUUUCAUAGGUACCACUGCGACACCAUGCCCCGAUCCUACUCCCCCGGAGUCUUCCGUGCCCACACCAUCUCCUUCUAUCACUGUCACUUCGCCUCGGCAGUUCGCCCACUUCAUCCGAUAGGACGACGUUACCUUCUUUAUGGUGAACGUGACGGAUCUCUUACACUAUGAUCCACCCUGUCCCGACGCCGAGCUCAUCCCUCUGGAGCCAGAUCCUCCUUCUAUCUCCAUGGCGCCCAUCUCUACUUCCGUCCCUCCGCCGUCUGUUGAGUCCACCCCGCCGUCCCGCGCUGACGCUGACGCUGAGGAACUCGCACGAUAUACGGCUAACCUGGAACCCGCAGUUUGUGACCUCAUUCGAGAGUACCACGACGUUUUCCCAUCGUCGUUCUCGUACGCCGGCAUCCCACUGAUGCGUGACGUUGAGCACUCCAUUCAGCUUGUGCCUGACUAUCGUGUUCACCACCAGGCACCCUACAGACUCUCGGUCCCCGAGGCCACCGAACUCAAACGUUCGCUUGAGGAGCUCCUGAGACUGGAUUUCAUUAAACCCAACAACUCCCUGUGGGGUGCACCCGUCCUCUUUGCUCGCAAAGCGGAUGGAACUCUCCGUCUCUGCAUCGACUAUCGUGGUCUCAACCGCUACACGGUUAAGAAYAGCUACCCCACGCCUCGUUCCGAUGAGCUGUUCGACCGCCUAGCGGGCAACCGCUUCUUUACGAAGAUUGAUCUUCGUAGCGGUUACCAUCAGAUCCGCGUCGCUGCAGCCGACCAGCCGAAGACAGCGUUCCGAUCGCGCUUCGGCCACUACGAGUUUACGGUGAUGCCAUUCGGCCUCACCAAUGCACCCGCUACCUUCCAGAGGGCGACGAACUACAUCGUCAGGAACAUCCUAGAGCAGUACGUUCUCGUCUACCUCGACGAUAUCCUGGUCUACAGUCGUACCCUUGAGGAGCACCUCAGACACCUCCGCGACGUCUUUGACCGCUUGCGCAAAUAUGGCUUCUACGCCAAGCUGAGCAAGUGUCAGUGCCGCUUUGCCCAACACAAAGUGGAUUUCUUACGACACUACGUGUCUGACCAGGGUCUCCACAUGGACGACGCGAAGAUCACUGCUAUUGCGGAGUGGCCCGCUCCCACAUCCGCCAAGUAGCUUCGCAGCUUCCUAGGCCUGACCAGCUACUAUAGUAAUUUCAUCCGGGGAUACGCUAGGUAUUCCUACGU